AUGGAGAUGAACGUUACAGGCACCCCAUCGCUGGAUGACCAAUUAAAGUACCCAAAAGUAGACAGGUUUACAUACCUAGGCUCGAUGCUUCAUCAAGAGGGAGGUUGCGCAAAUGAAGUCAAUGCACGGAUCCAAAAAGGAUGGCUUAAAUGGCGAAGUAUAACCGGUGUAAUGUGCGACAAGAAGAUGCCAAUAUGGUUGAAAAGCAAAGCUUACAAAUCCAUCGUAAGACCGGUGUUACUCUAUGGAAGUGAAACAUGGGCAUUAGACGCUACGGAAGAAACGUUAUUACAAGCCACGGAGAUGAGAAUGAUACGGUGGAGCUUGGAGUAUACUAAACUCAACCAUAUGACGAAUGACUGUCUCAGAGCAAAAAUGGGUAUUCAACCUAUGGCGGACUUGAUAAACGAAAAUCGGUUAAAGUGGUAUGGUCAUAUACUAAGAAGGGAGACGAGUGAUGUAAAUCGAAAAGUAUUGAACAUGGAGGUGCCGGGGAAGAGAGGAAGAGGACGACCUCGUGUUACGUGGAAAGGUCAAGUAGACAAAGUUAUGAUGACUAAGAAGAUAAAUCCGAACAUGGCCCUUACUCGAUCAAGAUGGAAGAAACUUAUCAAAACAAACCCCACGACUGUGGGACCAUAUGCAUGA